AUGUAUCACAAGAAGCGCAUUCUUCUCGUAAUUCUGGUGAUUUUUGGUGUACUGUACCUCUCCUUACCUACCAUACGCCCACCCACCCCAUCUGAACUUAGUCACCCACAGUAUGCCCUUAUUCCCCCCGGUGGUUCGGUUGUUUUGCAGCCCUCUCAUCCGCCUUCGAUUCUUUCUAAGUAUCCGAAAACUGUAUUUUCCAACCAACCGGUGCUCUUCCCGAGUUUUUUUGUGACGUCCCCGGUUCUGAAAGACCUGCUUUCCUCUGAUGCAAACUAUGCCAGGUUACUGUCCAAACGUGUGGAACAACAACCUGUACCAUCCAACCCGGCAACACAGUUUGGAUGUCUAUGUGGCCGGGUGAGUGAUGCAUGCGUUUGCUGUGGUCCUCUUUCUAUCCCAGUAGAAGUUUGUCAGAGUCAGCUUCCCACCAGACUAUGUGGUCCUCUUGUUCUGUUCUCCACUGUGGAAAGCAGUGCAGCCCACUUCUGCCUCAACGUAACAUACCAUCCUAAGAAACAACAAGUGGACACUGCCGGAUUUCUCAUACCCGAAAAUUCGCCAUCAGUAGACGGUCGGAUGGACCACUCUGUACACCAGUUCAUUCUCAAUCAGCUCUGGUUCUGCCUCAACGUAACAUACCAUCCUAAGAAACAACAAGUGGACACUGCCGGAUUUCUCAUACCCGAAAAUUCGCCAUCAGUAGACGGUCGGAUGGACCACUCUGUACACCAGUUCAUUCUCAAUCAGACUCUGGUUCUUUUUGACAGUCAAAUCGUUCCGGUUAAUGAUCCGCCAGUGUUUUGCGUGGAAAACUCUCGAACAGACCCCGAAAUGGGUAUUUGUAUCCAACUUUCGAAUCUGCGGUAUUUUUAUGACAUUGGUUCUGAUCACAAGACUGUAUUUACUGGUUGUGCUCAGGUCAGUGCUUUACUCAAACGGCAGUUUGUUAUAACCCGUAGUCCCCCAUUUUGUUUCCGCGCUCACCGGGGAGCUGCGGGUGACGUAGAUCAAGCAGCUGCUUUGGCCCAGAGAAAGCCGGACUCAAAAAACGAGGGAGGUAUUGUCGGAAAAUAUGGUACUAAUUUGUCUCCCGACUCCCCAGGAGUAGAGCCAGAGAACUCCGUCUUAUCAACCCAUACUUCCACAACACCCUCUUUGGAGCUCCCCCAGAAGGUUCAUGAUAAGAAGAUCGCUGGUUCUCUGGACGCUCAUGAUGCGCUCCCCAUGGUACCUUGA